UUCCUUUAGGAUGGACUCUAAAUAAUGAGAUUUUUAGUAAGUCGAUAAAAAUUCUUGAGCCGUUUCCAAGCCUGGCAGGGGCCUAGGAACUCUGUACUUAAAGACCAGAACUGAAGCUAUAGAUUAUUGACUGCCAGAGUUUUUUUUUUUUUUAAUUAAAGGGGAAGUAUAAUACGUACUGCCUACCCGCAACACCGACCACCUUUAAAACACACAUAACUGCCGAAGUCACAGACACAAGAGAGAACAGGUAUACUUUGACAUUGAAGCACUUUAAAAAGCUAACAGCAUGAACAACUUCAGAAGCCACAGUUUGGGAACGUAUUCUAACCAGGCUUUUUCAUGACUGAGAUUCAAUCUCUCUUCACAAUCCGGAACUUUGUCAGUUCUUCAGAUUAGAUGACAUCCAUACCAGCAACGGUGACUAACACCACCUUCACGAAGUCCAUAAUCCCAGGCCUGGACUCUUUGAUUAUCGUGGCAUCCCCGCGGGCACUGAUCCGGCCUCUGGGCCUUCUCCGGCUGCUGCAGUUGGCAUCUACAUGCGCAGCUUUCUCGCUAGUGAUUUAUGUGGGUGCCUGGAUGGGCCCCAUGGGAAGCUGGUGCCUGUUCUCCUGGUGCUUCAGCUUCGCCAUGACACUGAUCGUCCUGGCCGUGGAGAUGGCUGGACUCCAGAGAAGCUUACCACUGUCAUGGCGGGAGUUCCCCAUCACGUGUGCCUGCUAUGCUGUACUCUUCUGUUUGUCAUCUUCCAUCAUCUAUCCUAUCACCUAUGUGCGGUUCAUGUCUUAUGGAUACAUCAGAAAAUGUGCUGUCUGCGCCAUUAUAUUCUCGUGCAUCUCCUGUGUGGCUUAUGCGACAGAGGUGACCUGGACUCAUUCAAGGCCUGGAGAUAUCACUGGCUACAUGGCCUCUAAGACUGGGAUGCUCAAGGUUUUUGAGUCCUUCGUAGCUUGUAUCAUUUUUCUUUUCCUCAACAGCCCACACCUGUACACGCAGGAACCUGUCCUGCAGUGGUGUCUGUCCGUGUAUAUCAUUUGCUUCAUCCUAACCAUGGUGGUUAUCCUACUCUACCUUGGGAAAUGCACCAAAAUCCUGCUCAUCCCGCUCACCACCUUCUUGACAGGCAUGACUUUCUUGUGUGUCCUCCUGUACACCACCGCCAUUGUCCUCUGGCCUCUCUACAAGUUCAGUGAAGGGUUUCAUGGUGUACCCAAUCGAGAAAUGGAUUCGAGCUGCAAUUAUAAACAUGCCCACUCAGUGUGUGUCUGGGACCGCCAAGUGGCAGUGGCGUUCUUGACUGGAGUCAACCUCGUAGCAUAUGCAGCUGACUUUAUGUACACUAGCUAGCUGGUGUACACUGAAAUUCUAAGAUUCACAUAAGGAAUCCCUUGCCAUGUCCCUACGGCCACACUUUCAUUUUUCUCGCUGUCUUUUCCUCUCCCGUUUUCCUUAGACCUGGUUCAUUGUUCUCUUUCCUGCUUACUUUCCUUCCCUUUCCCUUGUUCUAGCUUAUUUUCCUUUUCACCAUUUCCUGAUUUGCCCCUGAGCUGUGUCUUCAUAGCCCUUGUCUUUAACAUUUUUGUUUGUCCAAUCUAUAUUUUUCUAUUAGUUUUCUCAUUUAAAAAAUAAAUUUCUUGGUCACUUUCUUUUCUUUCCUGGAAGAUGUCACUCAGACUUCUUGCUCAUUUAUUCACAAUUUCCACCCUUAAAUGUGCUGACUGCUCACAUCUCAGGCUCCUCUGCUGCUCUUUGUGCCAUGACCUGAGAAGGAGCUCUUGCCAGUCCAUGAUGAAAUGUUGUUUUAAAUGUCUUGAGUUUCUUCUUUCAACACUGUUAUUUUUACCACAUAUGUGCCACGUUUCCCAAGUUACUCCUUAACUUUUAUUUCUAAGCCAAAACAUUAUCGCAUGUCAGUUUCUAUCUGAAAUCCGUUUUUGCUUGACUAAUUACCACUGAAUGGGCUUGAUGCUAGAUCUAAUAGUCCAAGUCUUACUGAUUCCACAUAUGCAAUACUAAAGUAUAUUUUACUUCAUGUGCUUAACUGACCAGUGUUAUCUAUGUCUACUACACAGAAACUACCUAAUAAAUAUAUAUCAAAUUGGUUAUUAUAGAAAUCCAACAUAUAUCAACCAUCUCAUUUAUGUAAGCACAAAGCUGAUAAGAGCUUCUAUUAAAAAUCCUAUAAACUUUUGA